AUCCAAACAAAUACAUCCAAUCCCUCCUCCCCCUCCCUCCCUCGCUGUCACUAGCUCAGGAGUCCUAGACUAGCGGCGCUCAAUUGCCUAAUUAUUAUCCCCUUCCCCUUCUCGCCCCGCUCAAUUUCUCCGCCCCCAAACGAGAGAGAGACUAGAGAGAGAGAGUCUCUCUCUCUCAAAAUCUCCACCUCCAUUGUUUUUGUCAGCCAAAUGACCCACACCCAACACAAAAAAACCAUUAAGGAAAACUCUAGAAACGACGACGAAGACCCAUCUCAGAUUGCGGCCAUGCGUAUAAUCGUCCCUCUUCAAGAGGUGGUCCAAGGCCGAGGAGGCCUUGUGCUCGGCUCAAUCGUCCCCUGCGCUCUCUUCUACUUCCUUCAGCUCUACCUCAAAAGAAACCGGCACCCAUCUUCCCCUUCUCCUCCUCCUGCUUCUUCCUCGUCUGACAAGCUUCAUGAAUCGUCUACCUCGAUUCCUCGAACUCUGUCAAGGUCUCUUCUAUCGCAGAAAACCCCAUCUGGGCCCGCUCCGGUUUCAUCUCGUGCUUCUAAUGUUAUCAGCAAAGUUGCGGGUGGUGAUUCUGUUUCGAUUGUUGGAUAUAAAAGGUGGGUUAAUGACCCUUAUCAUGAAUGUCAGAAUCCCGAUGGAGUUAUGCAACUUUGUUUGGCUGAGAAUCAUUUGUCAUUGGAUUUAGUUCGGGAUUGGCUUGCUCAAAAUCUGGAGAAAUCGCUGCUGGAUGAGGAGAAGGUGGAUUUGGGGAUUGGAGGAUUGGUGACUUACCAGAGGUUUGAUGGGUUGAUGGAUUUGAAGAUUGCUGUGGCUGGAUUCAUGUCUCAAGUCAUGAAGGGUUCAGUCUCUUUCAAUCCUUCACAAAUCAUACUUACAUCCGGUGCAAGUUCUGCAAUUGAGAUACUUAGCUUUUGCCUUGGUGACCCUGGGAAUGCAUUUAUGGUUCCUUCACCAUAUUACCCUGGGUACGAUAAAAAUGUUAAAUGGCGAAGUGGGAUAGAGUUGAUUCCCGUUCCAUGCCGCAGUACUGACAAAUUCAAUAUAAGCAUAGCUGCUCUCGAAAGAGCUUACAACCAGGCUAAAAAUCGAGGUGUCAAAAUUCGUGCCCUCUUGCUUUCAAACCCCUCGAACCCUGUUGGUAAUAUCUUGACUAGGGAAAUGAUAUAUGAUCUAUUAGACUUUGCUACCGAGAAAAACAUACAUCUCAUCUUUGAUGAAGUAUUUGCUGGCUCUACUCAUGGACACAAGGAGUUCGUGAGUAUAUCAGAGGUUUUGGAUGAAGUAGGUUUAGACAGGAGCAGGGUUCAUAUAAUAUAUGGUCUUUCCAAAGAUCUUUGCCUCCCGGGCUUUAGAGUUGGAGUUAUUUAUUCCUUCAAUGAAAAUGUCUUGGCAGCUGCUGUUAAAUUUGCAAGGUUCUCCUCUGUAUCGGUUCCCACUCAACGGUUGCUUGUCUCAAUGCUAUCAGAUAAGAAAUUUACUUCAGAAUUUCUUGAGACUAAUAGGAUGAGGCUUCGGAAGAUGUAUACUUCAGUUGUGGUUGGUUUGAAAAAGCUAGGUGUUGACUGUUACGAAAGUAAUGGUGGAUUCUACUGUUGGGUAGAUAUGAGCAAGUUCCUUCGAUCGUACAGUGAGAAAGGGGAGACUGAGAUGUGGGAUAAGCUACUGAAUUUAGCUAAAAUCAAUGUGAUGCCUGGAUCAUCAUGCCACUGUAUUGAACCCGGAUGGUUUCGGUUGUGUUUUACAACACUGACGGAUAAAGAUGUUCCAGUGCUCUUGGAAAGGAUCAGAAGAGUUAUUGAAAGCCAUUAAGUUUGUCAUUAAGAUGCUCGAAAAUUGUGUUCAUCUAAUGUUCCUCUGGGCUUAUCAUGAUAUUCUUCGGAAUUGGAGUAGCUUGCGCUUUCUUUCAGGCACUGCAAACAUUCUGUCAGAUCUACCACCUGAACAAACUUUGAAGUCUACUGGAUUUGUGGACAAUCUAUCGGUAUUUUUCAUUCUUUGAAUGGUUCACUAUUUGUAAAAGGAGGUGAUCCUUCACGCGAGAACUCGUUCGGUUGUUGCACUGGACCAGUAUUGUGUGCUAUGUAGAAACUACCCAUGCUUUUCCUUGCAACGUAGAAGGUAUAGAAAUUUCUUAAUGGUUGUACAAAAUGUGAUAAUUAUUGAAAGAAAUAAAUAUUCUUUCCUUCUCCCUAUUAUGGAGAAGAUUA